AUUCAUACACAGUAGUAAUGUUAAAACGACUUACAUACGACACUACGAACUGUAUUAUGACGUGACACCAUUGACUUUGAACUAAUUAAAAAUCAUACUAGUUAGAAAAAUUUUACAAUUAGUUGAUAGUUUUUCAAUUAUACGAAAACUUCGAAACAAUUAUGGCUAGUGCACUUUAUAAAUCAAUAAUUACAGUAGCUGAUAAAGUAGUUCCGAAGAAAUUCGAACCAUUAUGGCAACAUCCAGCAGGUCCUAAAACUGUAUUUUUUUGGGCACCUAUGUGUAAAUGGGGGCUAGUUUGUGCUGGUAUAGGUGAUUUACAACGACCUGCUGAAGCGAUUAGUUUACCACAAACGAUAGCACUUAGUGCAACAGGUUUAAUUUGGUCACGAUAUUCGUUAGUUAUUAUACCGAAGAAUUAUAGUUUAUUUAGUGUAAAUGUUUUUGUGGCUGCUACACAAUUAUAUCAAAUGGCACGAGCAAUUAAGUAUCAACAAAGUCUAAAAGACAAAAAAUAGGGUAAGGAGAAAAGUAAA